AUGGAGCUCAGCGAGGCGCGGCUGCUGGACGCGCUGGCCGGCCUGCAAGCCGCCCUCGGCUGCCUAACUUUACUGCUGCUGCGGCGCAUCGGCUCUUCCUACGGCCGCCACUCGUCGCCGCGCCUCGGCUGGCAGAUGCCCGCGCGGCUGGCGUGGGUGCUGCAGGAGCUGCCCUCCCUGGCCUUGCCGCUGCUGGAGUGCGCCCGUGCCGCCCCCAGCCACCUGCGCCGCCGGCCCAACGCCUUGCUGCUGGCCAUGUUCCUCGUCCACUACGCGCACCGGACCUUGAUUUUCCCGUUUCUGAUUCGAGGAGGAAAACCAACGCCGUUGUUGAUAUGGGUGAUGGCAUUCAUGUUCUGCACCUUUAACGGCUACCUGCAAGGCAGGUACCUGAGCCAGUACGCGGAGUACUCUGAAGACUGGGUCACCGACCCCCGCUUUCUGACCGGUUUUGCCCUGUGGUUAGUGGGCAUGUUGAUAAACAUCCACUCAGACCACAUCCUAAGGACUCUCAGGAAACCAGGGGAGACCGGAUACAAAAUACCAAGGGGGGGCUUGUUUGAGUACGUGACCGCGGCCAACUUCUUCGGGGAGAUCGUCGAGUGGUGCGGCUACGCGCUGGCCAGCUGGUCUGCCCAGGCCGGGACCUUCGCGUUCUUCACGCUUUGUGUGCUGGCCACCAGAGCGGAAGAGCAUCACCGGUGGUAUCUUGAGAAGUUUGAAGAUUAUCCAAAGUCCAGAAAAAUGUUAUUCCCGUUUUUGUUUUAA